AUGAAGAUUUUGGAAAUUGGUGGUGAUGAACUUAUUGUUGUUCGACGACCGGCAGAAGACGAGACUUGUACUAUCGACGACUUCCUUCCAUGUGAGUUUUGCCUGGGUUUUAUGAAAAGAUGGGACCUUUGGAAACACCAGUUGGCUUGCGAGUUUAAUCCAAAGCCUCAAAACGAGCACGGCAAUCAGCAAGUCCAACUGAAGGCAAAACUCAUGUUAGCUCCUACAAUAACUGGCAGCGAAGACGAAAAAUUGAACAGAAUACUUUCGGUCAUGAAAAACGAUCCUAUUACCAAAACUGUCCAGAAAGACCCACUGAUCAAGGCAUUUGGAUCAGUCAUGAUUGAAAAGAGCGGACCAAAAGACGGCCAGUUCAUUUCGCAGAAAAUGAGAGAGCUUGGUCGCUUGGUAGAAGGCUUGAUGUCGGUUGAAGAAAAUAAAAAAGUGUGAUACCGUCGUCACAGCUGUACGCAAUAAAAUUAAUUCUGAAAAUAAUAAGCUCGAAGUGAGCAUUCCAUCGCUGGCAUUAAAAGUGGGUUACUCCAUACAAAAAUGUGCCUCCAUUUUAAGUGGCCAAGCUUUGCAUACGAAUGAUGAUCUUGCAUUGAAAGAUAGUAAAAACUUAAAAAAACUGAUGAAGUCAGAAUGGGAGGAUUGUGUUUCUCAUCAUUCUUUAGCUACCCUGCAUGAAAGAAAAUUUAACAAAGUUGAUGUGCCUCCUCUUGCCGAAGAUGUUACUAAUUUAAAGAACUUCAUUGAGCAGAAAAUCGAAGAGGAGUCCAGGGUUCUCCACAAAUGUGAGUACAACAGGUAA